GUGUGUUUGGCCCCGCCCAUCAUUUCGUCAUGAGUGUUCGGGAAGCUAAACAGGACUAAACUUCAUCCAGAAAUGGCGUCGGUGUAAAAAGUUUGACGGAGCAUGGAUGACUUGUUCUUUAAAUCGGUGAUACCGGUGCUCGACUACCACCGGCUGGACACCGACACCAGUCUGGCUCUUCCGGGCGAGCCCAGGCUUCAAUCUUCGGCCAAACUUCCCAGCAAUGAUCGGAGUAUGAGGGUCCAGCAGCAGGUUCAACUCACUCUUCUUGCACGGAAGGCAAGAAAAAAUCAAUCUUUUGGCAGCGUUCACUCGGUCAGGACCCUUGACACCAUCGAUGGAUUCUGGCCUAACUCCACAGUAAACAGCUGCUCUCUCGUAUGCACUGAGCAUGUGCGGCAGCCUUCCAGAAGGGUGGAGGUGUCCCCCCCGGCGACUCCCGGAACGCCCAAGCGCCAUUUUGUUUUCAAUGGUGGCCGCUUUGCCACGACGUGCAGUAUGCCAGGUCGCAGCGCCUCACACAGGAACUGCUCCCUGCUCGGCCGCCCGCUGGGCUCACAUCAACGCUGCGCCCUCUCUGAGGUCCCUAGAUGGGCGCCGCGUCACGCCUCCACGCCCUCUAACCAGAGCCCUCGUGACCAGGCUGAGGCGUGGUUCCGUGGGUUGGAGGAUUCCGUCUUCCAUAAAGGGGGCGAUGAAGCAAUGACGAGGCGGGAGAAGCGUGACAGACUGAACUCUAACCCACCUGUGGCCAUGCAGAUGCAUGCCGGGUGGACGGCGGGGGCCGAGGUCCCCCUACACCAGAUUCAAAGCGACAACAUGAAGCCUCCAGAGAUGACGCUAGAGCGAGCCGUCAACCUGCUGACUCGGCAGGACGAGGACACGCUGAUAGAGGCCGCCGCCCACAUCCAGUCUCAAUGCUUGAAGAGCCCCGAUGCCAGGAGGAUGGUCUUUUUCCUGCGCGGCAUCAAAAAGUUGCUGCGCCUCCUCCACAGCGACGACGAGGAGGUGCAAGGCGCCGCCGCCGGGGCUCUGCGUAACGUUGUCUACCAGAGCAACGAGAACAAGAUGGAGGUGAAGGACAAUGCUGGCGUGGCUGCAGUUUUGCGUGUGCUGAAGAGCAGCCGGGACACGGAAACAAGACGACAGCUGGCCGGCCUCCUUUGGAACCUGUCCUCUCACGACGUCCUGAAGGAAAGCCUCACCAGGGAGUCCUUGUCGGUCCUCACGCAGUCCAUCCUCGUGCCGACGUCAGGCAUUUCUGAAGGGGAGAACCCCAAAGACGAGCUCCUGGCGGACGAGGAAGUCUUUCACAACGCCACCGCCUGCCUCAGAAACCUUAGCUCCUGUGGUCCAGAAGGAAGAAAAACCAUGAGGGAGUGUGAGAACCUCAUUGACUCGCUGGUCUACUACACCCGAGGAAGCAUAUCUGACUACAAGAUGGAUGACAAGUCCACAGAGAACUGCGUCUGCAUCCUGCACAACUUGUCCUACCAGAUGGAGGCGGAGCUUCCUGACAAGUUCGCCAAGAACCUCCUGCAACCACAGCAACAGUUGGAGCCCAAAGCCAAGAAAGUGGGCUGCUUUGCUCAACGCAGCACCAAAACCACAGAGCAGGCCACACAUCAGCACACGCUCCUGGAGGAGAAGGCCAACCCGCACGGGAUGGAGUGGCUGUGGAGCUCCAUCACCAUCCGCAUGUACUUGUCGCUCGUCGUCCGUAGCGUGCGUCACUACACGCAGGAGGCGGCCAUCGGAGCCCUUCAGAACCUCACGGCCGGGAACGGAGCGGUGACUGAGGCGAUCGCCUACUCCAUCGUCCACAAGGAAAGCGGCCUCCAGCAUGUGAGAAAAGUGCUGCAGGAGGGCGAGCGGGACGUCAGGAGGACGGCCGUGUCGCUCAUCAAAAACUUGUCUCGCUUCUCCGAGCUGCACGCCGACAUUGUUAAGCAGGUGUUGCCAGAUGUGGUGGAGCUGCUGCCCAAUAACGACACAGGCAGAGACCUUCCCUCAGACGUGACGGCGUCCUUGUGUCACGUCCUCAACAACCUGAGCCAGAACAACGUGAACAAUGUCAGAGACAUGUUGAACCAGGGCGCCCUCCGCAAGAUCUGCAACAUCAGCAAGAAGGACAACGGUUAUGGACCAAGCAGAGCAGGUUUGGCUGCUUGUCUCCUGCUGCACACCAUGUGGAAGCAUACUGAUCUCCAUGGGACCUACAGGAAGUGUGGCUUCAGGAAAGCAGAUUUUAUUAACGCCAGGACGACAAAGGCUGUUAACUCCAUCCAGGACUGAAGACAAAACACCAGACAUCAUUUGUCUACCAAAACAAACCAUGAGUUUGAACAUUUGAUCACUUUUUAAGUGCGCUGAGGACAUUUAUAGUUUUCUAACAAUACUUUGUACUUUUAUGUUACCAUAGCAGUAGUUUGACAGGUAAAUAAGGACAUCAACAACA